GCGCUUCCUGUUUGGUAACUAAGGACGCGGGACGGUUGCUAAGGGCUGUGGUGGUCCCAGCAGCGGAGCUGUGCGGCUGGCGCGGGGGUAUCAAGUGCGGUUCCGUCGGUGCAGGGCAAGGCCAAUAUUUCUUCUGCACCCCGUCGAGCGUUUCCUAUGCGUCUGCCAUGAGCAGUGAGUUCCUGGCGGAGCUGCCUUGGGAGGACGGGUUCGCCAUCCCGGUGGCGAACGAGGAGAACAAGCUACUGGAAGAUGAGUUGUCAAAGCUUCAGAAUGAAAGAUCAAACUUGCAAGAUCAGCUACGUGACUAUGAAGAUCGAAUUAAUGCUAUGUCUUCUCACUUCAAAAAUGUUAAGCAGGAGUUCUCAUUUACACAGUCUCUUUACAAAGCAAGGGAGCAUGAGAUUGAAAGUGAAGAACAUUUUAAAGCCAUUGCUCAAAGAGAAUUGGAACGAGUGAAGGAUGAAAUCCAACGACUGGAAAAUGAGAUGGCUUCAAUACAGGAAAAGAAGAAUGAUAAGGAAAAUGGCAUAUUUAAAGCGACUCAAAAAUUGGAUGGUUUGAAAUGUCAGAUGAACUGGGACCAGCAAGCUUUGGAGGCCUGGUUAGAAGAGUCAGCUCAUAAAGAUAGUGAUGCUCUCACUCUUCAGAAAUAUGCAAAACAAGAUGAUAAUAAAAUUAGGGCACUGACUCUACAAUUAGAAAGAUUAACUUUGGAAUGUAACCAGAGAAGAAAGGUACUUGACAAUGAGCUUACGGAGACUCUAAGUGCACAGUUAGAAUUGGAUAAAGCAGCCCAAGAUUUUAAUAAGAUUCAUAAUGAAAGACAAGAACUCAUCCAACAGUGGGAGAAUACAAUAGAACAGAUGCAAAAGAGGGAUGGAGACAUAGAUAACUGUGCCUUGGAAUUAGCAAGGAUAAAGCAGGAAACAAGAGAAAAAGAAAAUUUGGUUAAGGAAAAGAUCAAGUUUUUGGAAAAUGAGGUUGGGAAUAACACAGAAUAUGAGAAGAGAAUUUCUGCUGCUGAUCGUAAACUUUUAAAAUGCAGAACGGACUAUCAGAAUCACGAAACUAGUAGAAUUCAGCUGAAAGAUGAGCUGGAUUCUUUGAAAGCCAUGGUGAACAGAACUUCUGGCGAUUUAGAAGCUCUGAGGAAAAACAUUUCCAAAAUAAAGAAGGAUAUUCAUGAAGAAACAACACGGUUACAGAAAAUUAAAAAUCAUAAUAACAUCAUACAAAAAAAAUUAAAGCAGAUUACUGAGAAAACCAUGUCUGUAGAAGAGAAAGCUACCAAUAUGGAAGAUAUGCUAAAGGAGGAGGAAAAAGGUGCAAAGGAAGUGGAAGUUCAAUUGAACAUAGUGAAAGAUGUGCUGUUUAAGAAGGUUCAGGAGUUACAGACAGAGAAAAUGAAAGAAAAAGCUGUUAUGUCAGAAAUUGAAGGAACCCGUUCCUCUCUGAAACAUCUAAAUAAUCAAUUACAUAGACUGGAUUUUGAAACGUUGAAGCAGCAAGAAAUUAUGUACAGUCAGGAUUUUUAUAUUCAACAAGUGGAACGGAGAAUGUCACGGCUAAAGGGAGAAAUUAAUUCAGAGGAAAAACAAGCCCUUGAAGCAAAAAUCGUUGAGCUUAAGAAGUCACUGGAAGAGAAGAAAGCUACAUUUGGCCUUUUGGAAACACAGAUCAAGAAACUUCAUAAUGAUCUUUACUUUAUUAAGAAGUCAAACAGUAAAAAUUGUGAUGAAAAACAGUCCCUUAUGACCAAAAUAGAUGAACUAAAUCUUUUUAUUGACAGAUCAGAGAAAGAACUUAACAAAACCAAAGCUCUUAAACAGGAUUUGAUGAUAGAGGACAAUCUUUUAAAACUUGAAGUUAAGCGUACUCGAGAAAUGCUUCACAGUAAGGCAGAAGAAGUUCUUUCCCUGGAGAAGAGAAAACAGCAGUUAUAUACAGCCAUGGAAGAGCGAACUGAAGAAAUCAAGGUUCACAAAGCAAUGCUUGCGUCACAAAUAAGAUAUGUUGAUCAAGAACGGCAAAGCAUAAGUGCUGAGUAUCAUGAGCGACUAAGUAAAAUUGAUAAGCUGAAGAACAGAUAUGAGAUUCUUACUGUUGUUAUGAUGCCUCCUGAAGGAGAAGAGGAGAAAACACAGGCCUAUUAUGUAAUAAAGGCCGCUCAACAAAAGGAAGAACUUCAAAGAGAAGGUGACAAUUUGGAUGCUAAGAUCAACAAAGCUGAAAAAGAAAUCUUUGCUCUAGAAAACACCUUGCAAGUACUGAAAAACUGCAACAACAAUUAUAAACAAUCUUUUAAAAAAGUGACCCCUUCUAGUGAUGAGUAUGAGCUAAAAAUUCAACUAGAAGAACAAAAACGAGCUGUUGAUGAAAAAUACAGAUACAAACAAAGACAAAUCAGAGAACUUCAAGAAGAUAUACAGAGCAUGGAAAAUACUUUAGAAGUCAUAGAACAUUUAACAAAUAAUGUCCAAGAAAAACUAUCAGAGAAGCAAGCCUAUUCAUUUCAACUACGUAGAGAAACUGAGGAGCAAAAGCCAAAAUUAGAAAGAGUAACUAAACAGUGCGCAAAACUCACAAAAGAAAUCCGUCUUUUGAAAGGAACAAAAGAUGAAACGCUAGAAGAACAAGACAUCAAACUUCGUGAAGUUAAACAAUUUCAUAAGGUCAUUGAUGAAAUGAUAGCUGAUGUCAUAGAAGAAAAUGCUGAGAUCCAUCUUAUACUACAAACAUAUUUUCAACAGAAUGGGUUAGAACUACCUACAGCUGGUACUAAAGGCCGUCGCCACAGUUCUAGAUCUGCUUCACAGACUUCCCUGUUAUCAGCUAGGUCAUCCAGCAGUACAAGUUCUUUGGCUUCUCAGACUUCAAUUAAAGUACUAGAGCUCAGCUUCCCAGACUCCUCUGCACUAGCAGACAGCAGUGCUAAGCAAGCUAGUGCUAGUAGUAGCUUUAGUAGCAAAAAGAGCAGCAAAUAAACUAUUUUGAACAAGUUGUAAACACAAAAAUCUCAUGUUAAAACAGUAAAUCUUUUUCUAUGCUUUUGUGUGCUUUACAAUGAUAUAUGUAUCUAGUGAAAUGGUGUUGGAAAUAGAAAAUGACCAAAAGUUUUAUCCAGCAAAAAAGUACUGGUAGUUUAAAAAUUAGUUUUCCUACUAUUUUCUUCAUACAAAAGGAAAGUAACAGAUUUCAACAAACCUACAUGUUUUACAAGCAUAAGGAAAAUGGUGUUUUUUAUUGUAUUGACAUCUGUCAGGUUAAAAAACACACUUGUUUAAUGAAACUACGCUCACAUAACAAUCUUUCUGGUAGAAAUUUCUUAACAUUCAUUGUACUAGUAAGUGUUUCUAACAAUAACAAGAAUCCCAAGUUGUUUUCUUUAUUCAAAGAGAUAUUUCCUGAUUUUGAGUGGGGGAGAACCUGUUACAAGCAGUUUCUCCUUUUGGUAUAAUUUUCAACCAAGAAGUUCUGUUACCUCCCUUCUACCAAAGGAAACAAUUCAUAAGGAAAAAAACACUAUCAAUGAAAAAUGCAUCUUAAAUUUCUGAGAAUUACUCCAUACUGUGAAAUAAAUCAUAUGCAUUAAAGAGUUUAUUCUCAAAAUAUAGCCACCCAAGCAUACAUUUUUGAAAUUUUGAUUUAAUAAAUAAAAUUGGAUGUGAUUUUAUUUGUAAUAAGAAUUCUAUAAAUUUACAAUGGAGAUAGACCAUCAGAUCUAGAAUUAGUUUUUCCAGUUAAUACUUUAUUGUAAUGUAUCCAACAUUUUGAACUCUUGGUACAGAGUGCUGAAUACUAGGCUAUAAAACUGGAUUCCAAAUAAAGAGAUCAGAAUUCAUAUCCAUAAAUGUCUUCUUCAAACGUUGGGAAAUAUAUGUUGUGACAGCUGUCACUGUUUUAGAACCAUAAUUUUUACUUCUUUCUGAAAAGCAGUAGUGGUAAUAAAUGUUUCUCCUAUCAUUUUUUGUUUUGUUUUAGAAACAGCAAAUAACAGGUGUAGUGAAGUCCAGUAAGUAAGAUGAGUGAAAAGAUAAUUCUGGCUAAAAUGCUGCUUUGUAAAUUUUUUGGAAGUUGAAAUAUUAAACACUGAAUUCUACGAA